CGUCUAAUUAAGACAUUUCAUGAAUAUAUCUUUUGCAUAUAAGUGAUCCCGUUGCCUCCUCACUCAUCCUUCGUCUGAUUAAUCACCACUUUUCUUGUAAGAGCUUGUCCAGGAGAGUUUCUUAAGCAUAGGAAAGAAAAAUGAGAGUUGAUAGAGAGGGAGGAUUAUUUUCUCUAGCAUUAUUUGUAAUGCUAAUGCUCUUCGAGGCAAAUGGUGGCAGAGCUGCAGAAAUGUUAAUGGAGAAGAGCAACACCACUUUCCGUUGCAGUGGCCGCCUUGACGACUGCCGCAUUGCUGAAGAUAUGGAACUGGAGCUGUUGAUGGAUUCCCACAUUAGCCGAAUGCUCAUCGGUAGCGAUGGAAAAGCUGUGAUUGGCUUCACCAAUGUCGCCGGUAAAAUUAUACCAUGUGGCCCUGGUACACAGUAUGGUCCAUGCGUUAAGGGCAAGAAAGUUCCGAAAAAUUGCAGUACAUUUAACCGCGAGUGCCAGUAGAAAUAAUACCGUAAAGCAACUUAAAUCAUCCCUGGACACUGCUUGUGUGAGUGACAUUCAUACUGUUCUUCCCUGUCUUUCUGUCAUAAAUCAAUUUGCUUUUCUUUCAUGAGUAUGUGUACUACUUAUUGUCUUAAUUAUCCACUUAUUUGUUAGUCAGUGUUUUCAAAGUUAA